AUAAACCAGCUGCAGAGACCCAGGUCCACUCACACUACUGCUCCCGCCGCCAUCUUCCUGCCUGGCCCACUAUUUACCCUUCCCUCCCCUCUUCCCUCCUCUUCGUCCUCCCAUUCUCCCCCGUUCUCCGCCCUGUUCCCUCCCAACGUCUGACGCAGCACGCCAGUGGCUUGGGGUCCCUCCCGUACCCUACCUCCAGCCCUCCGGGGUGACGCCAGAUAGAGAAGUGGGAGGAGCUGAGAGAGAAGGGACGGGGACACCACAGUACUGCAUUCUGGGAGGGACCCGUUCUGUCAGCCGCGUUGCCUCCUGGGAGUUGUAGUCGUAAUUCUGAGUCGACUGGUAGAGUGUUUAGACCUGGUAAUAAAAAAAGCCAUUUAAUGUUUUGUCUACACAAUGGACAGCACAAAAGAAAAGAAUGACAGUUGCAAAGAUGACCUUCUGCUUAGGAUGGGACUUAAUGAUAAUAAAGCUGGGAUGGAAGGAUUGGAUAAAGAGAAAAUAAACAAAAUUAUAAUGGAAGCCACAAAGGGCUCCAGAUUUUAUGAAAACGAACUCAAGAAAGAAAAGCAAGUUAACCAACGAAUUGAAAAUAUGAUACAACAGAAAGCUCAAAUUACCAGCCAGCAGCUAAGGAAAGCACAAUUACAGGUUGACAGAUGUGCAAUGGAAUUAGAACAGAGCCGGGACCUCAACAAUACCAUAGUGCACAUUGACAUGGAUGCUUUCUAUGCAGCGGUGGAAAUGAGGGACAAUCCAGAGCUGAAAGAUAAACCCAUUGCUGUAGGAUCAUCUAGUAUGUUGAGUACCUCAAAUUACCGUGCAAGGAGGUUUGGAGUCCGUGCAGCCAUGCCAGGAUUUAUUGCUAAAAAACUCUGCCCACAACUUACUAUAGUGCCUCCAAACUUUGACAAAUACCGAGCCGUGAGUAGAGAAGUUAAGGAAAUACUUGCUGAUUAUGAUCCCAAUUUUAUGGCCAUGAGUCUUGAUGAAGCUUACUUGAAUAUAACAGCGCACUUACAGGAAAGACAAAAUUGGCCUGAGGACAAAAGAAAAUAUUUCAUCAAAACAGGGAACUCUCUAGAAAAUGGUAAGCCAGAAAAGGAACUUAAUAAACCGAGUGAGCAUGAACGAUCUGUCUCUCCAUUACUUUUCGAGGAUAGUCCUCCUGAUUUGCAGCCCCCAGGAAAUACUUCCCAAGUGAACAAUGAAGAACAGAAUAAUCCUCAAACAAUUCAAAACUCAGUUGUUUUUGGAACAUCAGCUGAGGAAGUGGUAAAGGAAAUUCGUUUCAGAAUCGAGCAAAAAACAACACUGACAGCCAGUGCAGGCAUUGCCCCAAAUACAAUGUUAGCAAAAGUAUGCAGUGAUAAGAAUAAACCAAAUGGACAAUACCAAAUUCUCCCCAACAGACAAGCCGUGAUGGAUUUCAUCAAGGACUUACCCAUUAGAAAGGUUUCUGGAAUAGGAAAAGUUACAGAGAAAAUGUUAAAGGCUCUUGGAAUUAUAACUUGUACAGAACUCUACCAACAAAGGGCAUUACUUUCUCUUCUUUUCUCUGAAACAUCUUGGCGUUAUUUCCUACAGAUUUCCAUGGGUCUGGGUUCAACACAUCUGACAAGGGAUGGAGAGAGGAAAAGCAUGAGUGUUGAGAGGACAUUCAGUGAGAUGAGUACAGCGGAAGAACAGUACAGCCUGUGCCAGGAGCUUUGCAGCGAGCUUGCUCGGGACCUGCAGAAAGAAGGGCUCAAGGGUAGAACUGUUACCAUUAAGCUGAAGAAUGUGAAUUUUGAAGUAAAAACUCGUGCAUCUACAGUUUCAUCUGUUGUGUCUACUGCAGAAGAAAUAUUUGCUCUUGCUAAAGAAUUGCUAAGAACAGAAAUUGAUGCUGAUUCUCCACAUCCCCUGAGGUUAAGACUUAUGGGCGUCCGGCUGUCUAGUUUUCUCAGUGAAGAAGGUAAGAAACGCCAACAAAGGAGUAUUGUUGGUUUCUUACAGGCUGGAGACCAAACCCUGCCAGGCACUGGGUGGAUAGAGAAAAAUGACAAAGACCAGUUUUUAAAACCUGUAGAAAUGUCUCAUAAGAAGAGUUUUUUUGACAAAAAACGAUCAGAAAAGAAAUGGAGCCACCAAGACACAUUUAAGUGUGAAACUGUGAAUGGACAAGAUGUACAGACAUCACAAUCAUUACAAGUUUUAAAGAAGAAGAUGAGUGAGAAUUUGGACACAUCAGAGAAUUCAGAUAACAAUCAGAUAUUUACCUGUCCUGUUUGCUUUAGGGAGCAAGGGAUCAUCAGUCUAGAAGCCUUUAAUAAACAUGUAGAUGCAUGUCUUAAUGGACCUUCGAUGAGUGAAAUGUUCUCAUGUUCACAUGCUUCCUCUACAGAAGUUAACAAGAAAGAAAACGUGCAUCAUUCUUUUCACCUCUGUGAGGAUCGGGAUUAUGAAACCCAUCAGAAGAAUGCAGAAAUCGAUUCAGAAGAUUGUGCCGAGUUGGUAGAGACUAUAGGCAAUCCAUCUGAAGCAGAAAGUAUAGAUGCUUUAAGUAAUGAGCAUAGCAAAGAGGAAUGUUCUAGCCUUCCAAGCACGUCGUUUGAUAUUGAACACUGUCAUCAGAAUUCUUCCUGUGCUGUUGCACUGGAAAGCGAAGAUGCUGGGUCACUGAGAAGGCAAGAACUCCCCCAGCCGCAUUUAUAUGAAGAGAUAACAGACCAGGUUCUAAUUUGUCCUGUUUGUAACCUAGAGCAAAAAACUUCAGAUCUUACCCAGUUCAAUGUGCAUGUGGAUAUUUGCUUAAAUAAAGGCAUAAUCCAGGAACUUAAAAAGGAUAAAGUUAAUCCAGUAAACCAAUUCAAAGAAAGCACCAGAAAUACCGGUAACUCAGGCAGAGUACAGAAGGCUGUAACAAAAACAAAGAGAUCAGGACUGAUGACAAAGUACUCAGCGUCAAAGAAAAUUAAACCAGACAAUCCCAGAAAUACCCUUGAUAUAUUUUUUAAAUGAACAAUGAACUUUUUAUCAUUAGUUUUUAAUUGGAACUUGUUUUUUAUAAUCACUGAAGGUAUUUUUUCUCAUUUUAAGUUUACAGAUUCAUUUAGUGGAAGGCUAAUGUAGUAAUCCCCCCCAGUGAUAUUUCCCUUACAUGAAUUUGGAAUAUAUACCUACUAAUUUACUUUUGUAUACUUUUUUGGUACCAUAAGAAUUGCACUUCCUGUUAGAGAUACUUUUAAAAUGAGAAAUUAGGAAUGGGAUCAAUAAGUGAUUUCUUUAUUAAGUUUUAUAGGAAAUGUAAAACCAUGUAUUUAUAAGGGCUCUGAUGUUCACCCAAACCUUUUUUAGCAUAAAAGCUUUUCAGUACUUAACCAUUUUGUUGGCACUGGUCUGCCGUAAUUGAUCAUAGUAUCUUCUACAACUUCGUAUAUUUGUAUUUUAGCUCCUACUGCCUUCAGAUUUCUCAUGAGCAUUCUUGAUUAAUAUUUAUUAUACAUUCUGUGAAAAAACCUUAGCAGAGCUAGCACGAGACGUUCUGUUCCUCUCAGGAUAAUAUCACAGUAUUAUUUUCUGUGUUAAGAGAGUUUUGCUUAAAUAUGAUUAUUCAUUUGAUUUUUUAAUUUAAACUCUUUUUUUAUGAAUAAGCACUUGGUCCACUUUUUAAAAAAUUUAGUCUAAGGUGUAAGAUAAUUGUUUUCUUAUUUAGGACUUUUAAAUGGCAAUAUUUAAUUUCCUGGCGGUUAUGUUUGUACUCUUUGCAAAUCUAUAAAGAAUAAAUUGUACACUUAGUUUAUUUUUUAUAAAACCUUAUAGAGAAAAAUGCACAGUUCAAAAAUGAAUGUGUAUUACAGUAGCUUGUAUAUCUUAGUUAUAUUUCUGUCAUAUUUUUAUUAAUAUUUAUGAAAGAAGACAGCUUAACAGUAAGUAGUUAGCUUAAGUAGUUGCUCCAGAUAAUUUUGUGCUAUGAGUAAUAGUGUUUAUCAGAAACAAUUAUUUAACUGAAACAUGAAGAUGGUAGCCAUUUUGUGGCUACCAUAUCUUUGAAGAACCAUAUCUUUUAUUCUCUUAGAUUUUUGUUUUCUUUUAUCCUACUUUUCUUUUUAGUUGACAUACAACCUUAGUUGCAGGUUAUAACAAUGAUUUAAUAUUUGGAUACCUCCUUUUCAUCUAAAUUCACCUCAUUUAAAUUUAUAAGGAAAUCAUAUUUUAGGAACAGCUUAAAGUACAAUCUUGCACAGCCUUUGGCAAAAGUGGUAACUUGACUUUAAAUUCCUAGAUUGUUUAAAAUAAGGCUUACUGUUUAUUAGCAUGCCAAUCCCAUGCCUGUUGUUAUUGUACACACAGGUGAAAACAGCGUUGUGCUGUGGUUCUUGAUUGUGUGAUUUACUUUUGCAGAAUCUGUAAAAAAUUAGGUUCUGUGAAACAUCAAUUUAAUGUAUUGAAAAAUAGAUUGUACCAUAGAUGUUUUCCAUCUUGCCUCAAGUUAAUUUUUAUUGUUUUCAACAUUAAAUACUAGAUUAUUUUUAUUUAGAUGACUUAUUUAAUUGAAUGUUAUCAUUUAGACCUAUUUAUUUUUUUAUUUAAUCUUUUUGUGUUUUUUCCAUUUGCAUUGAGUCCCCUUAUACUUCCUUCAUUUAGACAUAUUUAAUAAUAAUUCAAAAUAAAAUUUAAAAUAUUUAGUUGAUCUUUUAGCCAAUAGAAAUGGUUUCCUUCCUUUCCACUCUUCCUUCCUCAGUGCUUUUAGUCUUAUUUUCUUUUCCCACAAUUCUUUUCCCAUCUUUUUCUUACCUGUUUUAUCUAAUAUCCAACUCACUUUUUUCUUUUUAUUAUAAUUUCCCUUUGGGGAAUUUUUAGAAAAUGCAGCAAAGCUACAAAGAAUAAACACCCAUAAUCUUACCUACUUAUAAGGUCAGAUUAUAAGGAAGCGCCUAGGAGAAUAUAUUUGUAACACAAUAACUGAGGGAAAAACAGAGUAUAUAAUCCAGAAUAUGUAAACGAUUUAAGUGAAUCAGUAAGAAAAAGACAAGCAAUAGAAAUUUGGAUAAAAGACUUUAAAUGGUGCUUGACAUAAAAAAAAGAAUCUAAAUGGCCAAGAAACAUGCAACCAUUUUCAGCCAUUUUAGUAAUAGGGGAAUGAAAAGUAAGAACGCAAAGAGGUAUCAUCACAUCCCUACCAGAUUUGCAAAAAUGAAAAGGUCCGUUGAGAAGUAAGUUCUGGUGAAGGCGUGGGGCAAUGUGAACUCUUACUUUGAAAACAAUCACUUUGGAAAACACCUUGCCCUUCUUUAGUAGGUGUGAAGGUGUGCACACUCAGUGACAUUUCUUAUACAAAAUAUACACCAUUGCUGGUUAUUUUCUGUUUGCCCUCCAAAUCAUUCUUCUGCCUUCAGUACCCCGCCUUAUGUUCAGCAAGGUGCCGUGGCAGUUGUGGGGGGAGGGGCACUGCAGAAGAUUUGGGGAGGAAGAAAGAUGAAGUUGGCUAUUUAUGCCUUCGUGUACCUUUUUGGUAAGUCCCUUAACCGAAGGUCACAACUUCUUGUACGUGGCCACAGUGACACUGCAUUCUCUGCCAUCUCUCCAGGUUCUGAUAAUCCUUUCCUUCCCUCACCUCUUCACCAAGGAGUGGCGACAGAGCCUGCUCUCCUAGCCCUGGGGAGCUGCACUAUCCUUCAGGAUUUCCCCAUACCCUGCCCACAUCCCUUUCUUAAACUCAUCUCAAAUUACAAUUUUUUUUCUGCCAGAACCCUAACAAAUACAUUGUUUUGUGGAAACUACUGAACAUGUUUCCUAGGCAGCACUGUAAGAACCAAGAAUGGGAAGUCAACCAAGUAUUCAGCAAUGGAGGAAUGGUUAAAUUCUGUCAUUGUAAAUUCAAACGAAAAUUCUACACAGUGGUGAAAAUCAAGGAUAUAGCUGAUCAGACUGUGCAUGAAUAUCACAAAGAUAAUGAGCAAAAGAAGCAAGUCAGAGAAGCAAGUCAUUCAAUCAGCAUGAUUCCAUUUAUAUAAAGUUCAAACAGUUAAAGCUAUACUGUAUUGUUUUACAGGUGUAUCCAUAUGAGAUGAAAUUAUAAACAAAAGCAAGUGUGUUAAUUGUCCCAAGAAUUAAAACAAUGAUUCCUUCUGAGGAAUGGUAGGGGAUGUGAUCAGGGAAUGUGAUCAGGGAAGGGCAACGUUCUGUUUCUAAUCUUGAGUGGUAAUGGCAUUUAUAUUCACCAUAAGCUGUACAGAUAUAUUUUAUACACUCUUGUUCACAUGUGACUUGUAUUGCAAUAAAAACUGAAAAAAAAUGGCAGAAAUUGCUUUGCUUAGUAAGAUAUUUUCUCUGUCUCUGUAAUCUACUAGUGUUAAUAGAAAAAAAAGUACAUUUUGCUUUUCUAGGACUUUGCUGAACACAGCAGAAGAGAGCCAUCCUACACCAACAUUUUGAGUUUUUCUCCGAGUACUUCCCCUAAUGCUACAGCCUCAAUCAGCAUUUGGUCUGCUUUUCAAAGGACAGCAGUUGACAACUUGACCAAAUACUUUGUCACUGCCAAAUAAAUCACCAGCCUUUCAGCCAGUGGUAUUCAUGUUCCCACUCCCCAAAAUUCUCCCUCAAAUACCAAGUCAUUACUAUAUAUUAGGUUUUGUUAUUCGCAGCACCCUGCUUUCUGUGAGUUCAGAAUUUCACUUUAGCUGUGUAUUACAAAGACCCAAAUCAGAGUCUUUUUUAAAAAAUUGGAUCUACUUUGCAAUGAAUAUCAUUGCUUAGCAUUGGCUCAGUGGUUCAAAGAUGAGCUCAAAGUCUCUGACUUUCUCAGCCUCACACAGUCAAUUUGUGGUCAAAAGAUGGGCUCUUCCACACCCAGCCUUACACGUGUGUUCCACAUAGGAAAACAAGAAAGUAGAAAUGAUAAAGGGCAACAGGUUGGUCCCACUUUAAGGAGUUUUCCUGGGAGCCCCACAUAAAUUCCACUUAUAUCUCAAAUGGUCAUAGGGCAACUGAUAAGGCUUCUGUAUAUUAUAGGGAACUUGCAAAUGCAGUUUCUAGUUGGGCAUGUUGCUACCCCAAAUAGAAUUAACAGGUUCUGUUCAUAAUUCUAAAGAAUUUUCCUAUUGAAAACUAUACAAAUUAUCACAUUUGAUGGUGAAAUUUUAGAAGCAUAUCUUAGGAAUAACACAGGGGUGCCCUCUAUUACUUUGUUGGAGAUCCUAGUCAAUUUAAUAAAUGAUAUAAAUGAA